GCCAACAAGAAAGGAAGAUGGCGGCUGGCUGACAGGGCUUCAGGCAACGAUGAAACAGGUUUAGCAGGCAGAUAAUACCGAGGAGUAAAGCGCCUGCACUGCUAAUUCUGACUAUUGCCCUUUAAGACCCUACCGACAAGGAAUAAGGACACCAAUGGCGCUGCUGUACGGCUUGUUAUGGCGGUUCCUGCUAGUUCUGGUCCACAUCAACAGAGCGCUCGUCUCCUGGCUCCGUGUCCGGCUUCGGAGCUGGAAGGGUCGGCUGUGGGAGAGGGCGAUGGCCGCUCUGCUGCUGCCGGUAGCCUUGGCUGGGUUCCCGGACCACCAGAAGAAGUUGAAUCAGAACCCCGAUGCUAAUGCUAACCCGGUAACUGGAAACCGCACUGCUAGUCGCCGCUCCCGGUGGCUGUCUGACGGCAGGUCUCUGGAGAAGCUGCCGGUUCACAUCGGCCUGUUGGUAGCGGAAGAAGAGCCGAGCUAUACGGACAUAGCAAACCUGGUGGUGUGGUGUAUGGCUGUCGGUAUAUCAUAUGUCAGCGUCUAUGAUAACCACGGUAUUUUUCGGAAGAACAACUCCCGUCUUCUGGAAGAGAUAGUAAGGCAACAGCAGGACCUGCUGGGUGUAGACGGAUCCAAAUACAACGUGGAGUUCCUCAGCAACGGCAGUGACAAGCACCAGCACCACGUGGUGUCCUGUAGGCCCACAGUGAAGGUGUUGUCUCCAGAGGACGGGAAGCAGAGCAUCGUCCAGGCAGCGCAGCAGCUCUGUCGCUCUGUGGAGAACAAAGAGAGGAACUCCAAAGACAUCAGCGUCUCCAUGCUGGACAUACUGCUCAGAGAGUCUAAGAACAUCCCAGACCCUGAGCUGGUGGUGAAGUUUGGUCCAGUGGACAGCACACUGGGCUUCCUCCCCUGGCACAUCAGACUCACUGAAUUCAUCUCACUGCCCUCCCACAGAAACGUCUCCUACGAGGACCUGUUGGGUGUCCUACAGCGGUACGGUGCCUGUCAGCAGCGGCUUGGUCAGUGAUACGCAGGCCAGUGUCAGGCUCUUCAGACAGGAAGAAGAGUGGGGUUCACAGAGUCAGAGGAGAGUUUGGACAGGUGGUGACCCCUCCAUGCUUCGCUGUGUCCCUCUUCUCUCCCCAACUCUGUCCAUCUCCUGGAUCUCUAACAGACUAAGACAGCUGAAAGGCGAGAGAACCAGGAGACAAAGCCAGCCAGCUCACUUCCUGCCACCAGCUCUUGUCUUAUAAUAAACUCACAUUCCAGGACUUCUGGAACAUGCUCUCAGAGCCGAGAGAAAAUAGCACAUCAGAGACACACAUUGACAUGAGAAGACAACCCUGUUCUGUCCUCUCAAACCCUCUGGCUCACUGUUUGUCAUUCAGUCUCCAGCUGCUGUUUUCUGCUGAAGAAAAUGACUCGCCUUCACUCAGCAGAUAACAAAGAAGAAACAGGGCUUUGUGCCUGUCCUCGUGAGGCACCCUGGGAAAUACAGCUGCAUUUCUGGGAGAAGCUCAACUCCCAACAACACGUGAGCCGACCAGCGGAAGUUGAGCUUAGGGACAGAGUGGUUAAUAAUGUGUAAAUAUGAGAAAUUCAUGUGGCUCUGUGUUUGUCCCUGUGGCCUCCAGCUUGCAGUCGUGUGUUCAUGUGUAGUGUUGCUUCAGACACAAACAGAAGUUUGUUUAAGGCUCCUGUUGGACUGACCAAGCUCUGAAAUAAAGAAAUACACUGUCUGUCUA